AUGCGGACUAAUCCGGACCUUAGGGAGCUAGGGGAAGACGUAAAGAAAAUUAGGCACACCCGCAAUGGGGAAAUGAUCCUCGAGUUAAGAAGGGAUCCAAAAGGAAGCAGCUCCUCCUACAAAGAGCUUACCGAGAAAGCUAUGGGCGAUAAGGUCGAAGUCAGGGCCCUAUGUCCGGAAGCAACCCUCCUAUGCAAAGACUUGGACGAGGUCACAUCGGAGCAGGAAGUUGAAUUAGCUAUGAAGGAGCAGUGCGAGCUAGGAGAAGCCAGGAUGACCAUCCGUGUAAGAAACGGACCUUCUGGCACGAAGGUGGCAUCGAUCAAACUACCGAUCGAUGCAGCCAAUAAGGCACUAAGAGUUGGCAAGAUCAAAAUAGGCUGGUGUGUGUGCCCCCUGAGUAUCUCUCAGCAACCGGAAGUGUGUUUCAAAUGCCUAGAGUACGGCCAUCUGGCAAGAGAUUGCAAAGGGCCUGACAGAAGCAAACUAUGCAGAAGGUGUGGUGAGGAAGGCCACAAAGCUCAGGAUUGCAGGAAGUCCCCGAAGUGCCUCAUCUGCGCAAACACAGAGAACAGCAAUCAUCCGACAGGUGGCCGAAGAUGCCCGGCCUUCAAGCAAGUGAGUGCAACUAAGUCCCAGUGGAGGUAA